CUGCGAUUUAUCAAGGCACAUUCCUUCAAACAUUUCUUUAGACACGGAAACAAAUAUAUACACCUCCAGGCUCCAUUGAUACGCUACAUUGUAUCUAGCAGGGACACAGUUUUAGUCAUCAUGCCACACAUUAAUCCACCUGCACCGGCGAUGCCUCGAUUGGCGCCGCCAGAGUCUGACCAUUGGUUUGCCAAAGUCAAGGCAUUGCCCUUUCAUUCUGAAAACUUUAACUGCAUCCUUCCAGGAUGUCCAAACUCAUAUCAGACAAAGCAAGGUUUGGAGCGUCACUUUAUCUCCAUCCAUAUGCCCAAAAUCCCAGCACCUACAAAGCACACGCGAUCAGAUGCGCGAGCGUCGUCCUCAGCGAGCCUGAGUAAUACCAACUACCGGAGAUCUAGCACUGCCGUGCGCAAAGGAAGAAUAAAGUCUCAUCGUAAAGGGCGACCGCCAGGAUCGGGACUUAAAAACCGCCUCAAGCAGCAGGGCAUUCAGCAGGAACUGGACCCUGCUCAAACAGACAAUUAUCUCACACAUACAACAGCUGAUCAUCAUACCAAUCAUUCCUUGCUUGCUAACCACCCAGCAUCUACACGACAUGACUAUGGAUGUGAUGAUGAAAACAAACCAAGGGAGGAACGCUCGUAUCUCGAAUUUUUCCCCUUUCUUAAUGUCUCCCAAAGACUUGAGAUCGUAAACAUUGCAACAGAAAAAAGCCUGGUAAAUACUGUCAACGCUACAAAUAACACAAAUCACGGUCAUACAUCAACGAAUAAUUUAACAUCAGAACAGACUACACAGCUUGAAGUUGCAGCAGAAGAAGUUAAAGCUGAGAGUUCGGAUGUAUCGACCAUUCGAACCAAUUUAAAUGAAGCCUACUUCGCGGGUCAAAAUCCGCCGUUAUCAGCGAAUGAUAUGUUUCAUAAUCCAGGGGAAUCCAUUCAGCAAUCCCAGACACAUAAAGCUACGGAUAAUACUCCAUCAGUCAAGACAGAGGCAAACUUGACAGUGGAUACUGAUGAAGACCGACUUAGUGACAUUGGCAUGGAUGUCGAGUAUGAUGGUGAUGGUGAUGCUGGCUCAGAUCCAGAUGUCUUCUUUGACGCUAAAGGAUUUAUUGACAGCGAAGCAGAGUCAAGUCAAAAGCCAAAUACAAAACUCGAUAGGACUGUUACUAACAGUAAAAGUCAGGUUAAUACAGCAGCCAAAACAAUAAAUGGCAAUGGAUCAGCAAUCAAGGAUGGAGAUGACAAAUUAAAGACUCAAGAUAUGGAUGCUGAAGUCAUAGCAGAGACCAAUCAUACAGGGGCAUAUUCAGCCAAAGACCGACCCAAACUUCAGAACAAUGAUUCAAGUGUAAAUAAUCAGAGGAGACAGGAAGAUAAGGAGAAAAAUCGGUCAUCAUCACAAGCGCCGGUCAACAGCCACUCAAUUGCUCCACUAGCAACAACUUCACUUGAACCUAAGACACCCAUGGCUUUGCUUCCAAAAUCUUCCUUCAAACUUAUCCCACGAGAAGAUGACGACCUUGAAGAAUACCAUCUACCAGCUGGGCAUAAUGUUCGCUAUAUAGAGCCGACAGAGACGGAGCUAGCAGAGCGUGUGGAGUAUGAUAUGGAUGAGCAAGACGAGUUUUGGUUAAAGGAGGUUAAUGCGGAGCGACGCAAACAAGAUUUAGGAGAGGUAUCUGCCUCCCUGUUUGAGAAGAUUAUCGAUCGGUUGGAAAAAGAGUGGUUUGAUCUAACCAAAAAUAUACCAAAAUCUGCAGAAAAUCUUCCACCGGAAGAUUCGGCUUGUAAUAUCUGCGAUGAUGGCGAGUGUGAGAACAGCAAUGCCAUUGUAUUUUGUGAUGGCUGUAAUCUAGCAGUUCAUCAAGACUGUUAUGGGAUCCCUUAUAUCCCAGAAGGUCAAUGGCUUUGUCGUAAAUGUAUGCUCUCACCUCAGAUGCCUGUCUCAUGUAUAUUUUGCCCAGGAGAAGGGGGUGCAUUUAAACAGACCACUAACAGUAGAUGGGCUCAUCUUCUAUGUGCAAGCUGGAUCCCAGAGGUUGGAGUUGCUAAUACUGUAUAUAUGGAGCCUAUCGACAACAUUGAUAAAAUUCCAGCAAGUCGCUGGCGAUUGACAUGUUAUAUUUGUAAGCUACGCAUGGGCGCCUGUAUCCAAUGCGAAACCAAGAAUUGCUUCAGAGCUUUUCAUGUGACCUGUGCGCGAAAGGCUCAUUUGUACAUGAAGUCCAAGGUCUCAAAGGUUUCCAGUUCAGGGGGAGAAGUCUUGGUCUAUCGCGCUCACUGCCACAAGCACACUCCUCGCGACUACAAAGGCUCAAUCGAUAUUGCGGGGGCAGCGGCGUUAUUCGCGCACAAAGGCAUAAAGAAAAAGCGCAACAAAAUUCGUCCAAUAGAUGAUGACAGUGAUGAUCCUGAUUAUGGUCGAAGUGACGAAGAUGAAAAGUCGCGGCUCUCAAUAGCCAAUAAUGAUAAAAGCGGAACAGUAGGAUCUCUUGCUGCUUCCCAGGUCCUCGGAGGGUCCAGGACGUCAAAAGCUGCUCUAGCUCAUCAGAAGCAUUAUACCCCGGGGGCUCCACUUGCGCCCAUGUUCAUUGUCAACCGCCUUCUUCCAUUUGUGAGCAAACUAGGUGCCAAGACAUCUGCUAUGCGAAAGGUGUCGGCCCUCAAUUUUGUCUAUACCAUCUGCAAAUACUGGUCGCUCAAGCGAGAAUCACGCCGUGGUGCCCCUCUAUUAAAACGGCUGCAUCUGGAACCCUGGACAGCAUCAGCUUCUGCACAUCGACAGACUGAAGAAGAGAAGCUUAAAAAGUUACAGACACAGCUACUUCUGCGCGGCGACUUGGAGAAAGUCAGGAUGCUUGCUGAACUGGUGAGAAAACGCGAGAGGGCUAAGCUGAAGCGACAAGAGUUACAAAAUCGUUACCUUUGCAAGAUCAUGUUUCCGCUCAAGACAAUCCUUGAGGACACUCUUGCAGAACUAGAGAAAUUGGACAGACAAAAGUAUUUUGCGUAUCCCAUUUCGACUGAGGAAGUCAAGGAUUACCAUGAAAUUAUCAAAAAUCCCAUAUGCUUUCAAACUAUGAAUGAAAAACUUGCAGCUCACAAAUAUCAAAGUAUAGAAGAGUUCGCGGAUGAUGCUCGUCGUAUAUAUCAUAACUGCCUGACUUACAACAAAGUUGAUACGCCCUACUACCGUGCGGCUAGUCGACAAUUAAAACAAGCCGAGCCCUUGCUUCAAAAAGCCAAAGAAGACUAUGAGUGUCUUGAAAUUGACCCACGCACAGGAUUUUUGGCUAUACCUAUUGACCCUGAGAUUUUUACAUACAACUUGAUUCCAUUUCAUAAAUCAGAGGAUGAUGAGUCAGCCACGGCAAUAGUACAGGAAAAAGCUGUGUCAGAGGAUGCGGUGUCAACUCCGGCUUCGAGCCAUUCAUCCAAGCCCAAGCGUAAAGAAGUCACGCUGGAGACCCCGAAGAUCCCUUUUGUAACCUCAAGAGCACUUCGAGCUACUUCAGGAAGAACGGCACUUAAAAGUGGAGGGCCUACUGCUCCGCUCUCGCCUCAGGAAACUAGGCGAGGACUGAACCAGACUCCUGGCUUCCGUGCACCAUCAAGGUCUGCUGUUCGGCCCGAGGUACCCAAACUCAAGACAGCUACAAUGACGCGCGCUGAUGUAGCCAAGGCCCGACAAGCAGGUGAAAGUAGCGCUGUAUUGACGACACUUGAUGAGGAGGAUCUAUUGGAGAAGUUGAAGCAAAAGUCGAAAAAGUCAAGAUCUUUGGCUGUCAAUCUACAAUCCCGUCUUAAGCCGUCUAUUGUUGAUAAGGUAGUGGAGGUAAUCAAUAAACCUGCACCGAAAGGAUGGGCAUACGUAGUUGUGGAAGGAGAAGAAGAUUCAACAGAAGGGGAAGAUGAAGCUGAGGAUGAAGCUGGCUCGGUGCAAGCAGAAAUGGACCCAGAGGCCCUGGCACUGGCAAAAGCCAAGGAGGAGCACAAUAUGCGUCGCAAGAUGGAGAGAAAGGCGGAAGCCCUGAAAAAGAAGCUAGCCAAGGAGAAACGAGCUAAGGAGAGGGCUGAAAAAUACGCACAGAUGAAGGCUAUGAAGACUCUUACAGCAGCAUCUCCGCAACCAUCAGGAUCAACAAGAAGCUUGAGUAGCGGUGCGCUUCCACCAGCGAAGUUGCCAAGUCAAGAAAGCAGAUAUGUCACAUUAAGAUCAAGAAGGGGGCACCCUGGUCAGCAAUCAAAGGAAAGAGAAAUUCCAUCCAAUGAUUCAGCCAAACCGCAGAAGCAACAGGAGUGUGAUCUCGCUGACGGUGUUAAAGACAUAAUGACUAGGACCUCUGUGGAGCCUAUGGACCCCAAGGGACUGACUUUUGUAGACCAGAAGGAUUCCUUAUCUGCUGUGGAGCAUGGUGAUCUGGCUGCUGAGAAUGAAGAGAAACUUAGGCAUGUGACAGCGCAGGCAUUGUCAACAUCAGAGCGCUUAUCAAGAGGCAAACAGAGGAGAGCUGAUUCGGAGGAAGAUACUAUCAGCAAUCACUUAGGAAAGCUAAAUGUUACUGGUUCUGACUCCAACGCGAACGUUACAGGAGAAAUCGGUGAUACCGAGAAUGAUAUUUCGUACCGGAAUCACCAUGGAACUGAUGUCCUACCCAUGCUAGAUGAAAGAUCCGUUAUCACAGAGUUGGAGCCGCCACGCAAGAGGCAGAAACGAACGGGUUCAGGAAGGAUUCCAGUUCCUGCCAAAGACGAUACUGAGGGUGAAUCGACCGUGACGCGUCGUUUACGGUCGACAGAGACUGCUACGUUUGGACCAUCUUCUUUGCCUUCUGCAUUGAGCCAGCGGCGUAGUAGUUUUGCAAGUCAACGUGGCUUCACUAAAGGAGUCAGUGACAUGUCUGGAGAGUAAAGAAACGCUCGUCACCGCGCGACUUUUCAUCUCCAGCAAUUAAUGUCGAAUAUGAAAAAAAAGAAAUAAAAAUAGGUCACCACACCUCUCC